UGCACCAAAGUAGCGUCAAUAGAAACCCCUUGUUUCCGAUCAUGCCUUCUUUCAGGCAACGGCUAUUUCUUCGCAAACAUGCCACUCGCAAAAGACUUGUUGCACCCAUCCCCUGAGGAGGAGAAGAGGAGCCACAAGAAGAAGCGUCUUGUCCAGAGCCCGAACUCCUACUUCAUGGAUGUUAAGUGCCCAGGAUGCUACAAGAUCACAACGGUGUUCAGCCACGCCCAGACUGUUGUGCUGUGUGUGGGUUGCUCCACAGUUCUGUGUCAGCCCACUGGAGGCAAAGCACGUCUCACAGAGGGGUGCUCAUUCAGGAGGAAGCAGCAUUAGUUGUACUUCUGAUGCCCCCGUAAAAAUGUAAGAGCGGAGGGGUUGGACAUGUUGAUUUCAGCAACUCCAGCCUCGAUACAGCACCCAAUGCACCCAAGAAAGAUUGAUCCAGAAGUGCUCAUGACGCCUGGACACCAGAUGGGAUUACUCAUUCAAUGUGAUAGUCCACUUUGUUGCAGUAACUGAACUCUUCAACCAAUCUUUUUUAAUACAAUUGUUUUGGCUAAAGAA